UCUGGUCAGUGGCCUCUGCAUCUGUGUCCCUUUCUCCCCAGGCUCUGUGUCCAGUUGAGAGUGGUGCCGGCAUCUUCCAGGAUGUACAUGCAGGUGGAGGUGCGCACACGCUCCUGCCUCCACCUGACGCGGGCUCCGGGUAUCAGGUCCUGGUCCCUCCUGGUCGGGAUCCUGUCCAUUGGCCUGGCCGCUGCUUACUACAGUGGAGAUAGCCUGGGCUGGAAGCUCUUCUACGUCACGGGCUGCCUGUUUGUGGCGGUGCAGAACCUGGAGGACUGGGAGGAAGCUAUCUUCAACAAGAGCACCGGGAAGGUUGUGCUGAAGACAUACAGCCUGUACCGCAAGCUGCUGACCCUCUGCAGAGCUGGCCACGAGCAAGUGGUGGUCCUGCUGAGCGACAUCCGGGAUGUGAAUGUUGAGGAGGAGAAGGUGCGGUACUUUGGGAAGGGCUACAUGGUGGUGCUGCGGUUUGUGACGGGCUUCUCACACCCUCUUACCCAGAAUGCUGUCAUGGGCCACCGGAGUGAUGUGGAUGCUGUUGCCAAGCUCAUCACCAGCUUCCUGGAGCUGCAUCGCCCUGAGAGCCCUGGAGCGCCUUCACAGAGCAGUGACAGUGACGAGGACGAGGGGGCCCACAGCUGA